AUGCUGCAAGAAGAGACUUCGGCAGCUGUGGCCAGCAUCCUCUCCAACUUCGCCAAGCAGUAUGCUCCUCUGGAAGCGGAUUCAUUCCCUGCAAAGGCCAUCGCGAAUGGAAUUAAGAACACCAAAAUUGCUCUACCGGGCGAUGAUUCAGUGGAGAAGCGUACUCUAGAGCGCGAGCUGACUAGCCUUGCGACGCGGAUCCAGUUUCUCGAGGCUCGCGCUACAAGCGGAACCAGUUCGUUACCCAUCACUCCCAACGAGCCACUUUCUUCGGCAUUCUCGGAGGACACCUCGUCGCCAAGGUCCGCAGCGAACCAGCACCGCCAGCGCUCAUCGUCAUGGGUCAACAACCUCCUGGCUAAGAGCGAGGGCGAGCCUCAUCCUCGACAACUCACUGAAGAACAAUUUUCAUUUCUACGUGAGCACAUCGACCAACAAGCGCAAGAGAUUCGGACUCAGAAGGAAUUUAUCGACGGUAUCAAAUCGCAGCUGACGCACCAGCAAACCGCUACAAAAGCUGCACUCGAUACCUUGGGCAACUCGCAGUCAAUCGAGCAGCUGAAGCGGGAGAUUGAGAAAAAUGCGCAAAUCAAUGCUACAUACCAAAAAGUGCUGCGAGAGAUCGGCACCAUCAUUACAGCUGUCGCCAAUGGAGAUCUCAGCAAGAAAGUGCUCAUUCAUGCCACGGAGAAAGAUCCGGAGAUUGCGAGGUUCAAGCACACGAUCAACAAGAUGGUGGACCAGUUGCAAGAGUUUGCUAGUCAAGUAACACAUUUGGCGAAAGAGGUGGGAACAGAAGGACGCCUCGGAGGACAAGCCGUCGUGCCUGGCGUCGACGGUAUUUGGGCGGAGCUUACGCAAAACGUGAACGUCAUGGCCCAAAAUUUGACCGACCAGGUGCGAGAAAUCGCAGUUGUAACCACCGCCGUUGCACAAGGUGAUCUGAGCCGCAAGAUUCAACGACCAGCCAGAGGCGAGAUUCUCCAACUUCAACAGACUAUCAACUCCAUGGUGGGACAGCUCCGGACCUUCGCAACGGAAGUUACGAGAGUGUCGCGCGAUGUCGGCACGGAGGGUGUUCUUGGAGGUCAAGCUCAAAUCGAAGGCGUACAGGGCAUGUGGAGCGACCUUACUGUGAACGUGAAUGCUAUGGCAAACAAUCUCACUGCCCAGGUGCGAGAUAUUGCGGAGGUGACAACAGCCGUGGCCCGAGGCGACCUCACGCAGCAGGUUAAAGCGCAAUGUAAGGGGGAGAUCCUGGCCUUGAAAACCACCAUCAACUCCAUGGUGCACCAGCUACGGCAAUUCGCGCAUGAAGUCACCAAGAUCGCGCGUGAGGUCGGGACAGAAGGUCGCCUAGGUGGACAAGCAACAGUUCACGGAGUCGAGGGCACAUGGAAAGACUUGACGGAGAACGUAAAUGGCAUGGCCAUGAAUCUGACCACCCAAGUGCGCGAGAUCGCAGAAGUCACAACCGCCGUCGCGCAAGGAGAUCUCAGCAAAAAGGUCGAGGCCGAAGUCAAGGGUGAAAUUUUGGCCUUGAAGAGCACCAUCAAUUCCAUGGUUGACCGUCUGGGUACGUUUGCUUUCGAGGUUAGCAAGGUCGCGAGAGAAGUCGGAACCGAAGGAGUUUUGGGCGGACAAGCAGAGGUUGCCAAUGUCGAAGGAAAAUGGAAAGAUCUUACCGACAAUGUCAACACCAUGGCCAACAACUUGACUGGUCAGGUGCGGAGCAUUUCAGACGUCACACAGGCCAUUGCACGCGGUGACAUGAGCCAGCGAAUCAAGGUGCACGCUCAGGGAGAGAUUCAGACAUUGAAGGACACGAUCAACGACAUGGUGACGCGACUGGACGCUUGGUCACUCGCGGUGAAGCGGGUGGCUCGUGACGUCGGUGUCGACGGCAAGAUGGGUGGACAGGCAGAAGUCGAAGGCAUCACUGGUCGCUGGAAGGAGAUCACGACCGAUGUGAACAUUAUGGCUCAAAAUUUGACCUCGCAAGUGAGAGCUUUUGCCGACAUUACCCACGCGGCCAUGAAAGGAGAUUUCACCAAGAUGAUCAAUGUCGAAGCGUCUGGCGAAAUGAACGAGCUGAAGAACAAGAUCAACAAGAUGGUCCUCAACUUGCGCGAAAGUAUCCAGAAGAACAAUCAAGCAAGAGAGGCCGCCGAGUUGGCCAACAAGACGAAAUCGGAGUUCCUGGCAAACAUGUCCCACGAGAUUCGAACACCUAUGAACGGAAUCAUCGGAAUGACACAGCUUACCUUGGACACCGAGCUUGAGCAGAACCAACGGGACAUGCUCAACAUCGUCUUCUCGCUCGCCAACAGCUUACUGACGAUUAUUGAUGACAUCUUGGACAUUUCCAAGAUUGAAGCAAAUCGCAUGAUCCUAGAGGAAGAGCCGUUCUCACUGCGAGGUCUCGUCUUCAACAGCUUAAAGUCACUUGCAGUCCGAGCCAACGAGAAGGACAUCAGCUUGGUGUAUGAUACCGACAGCUCAGUGCCCGACUACAUCGUGGGCGACUCCUUCCGACUUCGACAGAUCAUUCUCAAUCUCGCCGGCAACGCCAUCAAAUUCACCGAGCACGGGGAAGUGCGUGUUAAGAUAUUCUCUGACCACAGUACACGAUGCACCGAUAGUGAGGUUGUCGUCAAAUUCGCCGUCUCCGAUACUGGUAUUGGCAUCCACUCCAACAAGUUGGAUUUGAUCUUCGACACGUUUCAGCAGGCUGACGGGUCGACCACACGGAAGUUCGGAGGUACUGGAUUGGGCCUGUCGAUCUCUCGGAGACUGGUGACUUUGAUGCGUGGCAAGAUGUGGGUCGAAUCAAAUUAUGGCUCAGGCAGCACAUUCUUCUUCACCUGUGUUGUACGGCUGGGCAAUCCGGAUGUUGCAAAAAUCAUGCCACAACUACAGCAGUAUCGAAAGCACAACGUGCUCUUUGUCGACAACGGUAAUACGGACAGUUCGGAGGAGAUCGCGGCUGGCAUCCGAGCUUUGGAUCUGGUCCCUUGUGUGGUGGGCAAGGGAAAGGUUCCUCACUCCGAAAUCAGCCCAGACGACCAGUACGACUGCGUGAUCAUCGAUAACAGCGAGACGGCUCAGAAGUUGCGCAGCUUGGAACGUUUCAAGUACAUUCCCAUCGUCAUGGUGGCGCCGGCCAUCUCGGUGAACUUCAAGACCGCGUUGGAGAACGGAAUCUCAAGCUACAUGACUACGCCAUGCCUUCCAAUCGACCUGGGCAAUGCUCUGGUGCCCGCACUCGAGGGCCGCGCAGCACCCAUGUCAGCCGACCACAGUCGGACAUUCGAUAUCCUCCUCGCAGAAGACAACGCGGUGAAUCAAAAACUCGCCGUCAAGAUCCUGACCAAGCACAACCACACAGUGACAGUCGCCAACAACGGCCUUGAAGCCUUUGAAGCGAUUCGCAAGAAGCGCUUCGAUGUCGUUCUCAUGGACGUGCAAAUGCCCGUCAUGGGAGGGUUCGAAGCGACGGCCAAGAUUCGCGAAUACGAACGAACUCACGAGCUAGCACGUUCGCCCAUUAUCGCCCUCACCGCACACGCCAUGCUUGGCGACCGCGAGAAGUGUAUCCAAGCGCAAAUGGACGAGUACCUCUCCAAACCCCUCAAGCCCAAUCAGCUCAUUCAGACGAUCCUGAAAUGUGCGACCCUAGGCGGUGCGUUACUUGACCGGAGGAACGAUGGGCGCGGUUUGCUCAUGGAAGAGGACAAACCCGUUUCUGAUAAUUCGAGUCUUCCUGCAGAUCACAAUCGGUUGCUCACGCCCCCGAAACGACCGGGUGUCGAUCGUGGGUACACGGAGAAUGGACCGCCCGGUUUGGAAAGUCCGGCGAUAGUAACCGACGACCAGGAUGAUCCGAUGAUCAGAGUACGUUGA